AUGGUUCUUCAUCAUAAAUAUGAGCAAGUGUUUGUCUUUGAUGACGAUACUAUUCCACAUCUUAACUUUUCUACCCUAUUUAAUAAAUUAUCUGAUCGAUGUCGUCAAGCUGAUGCACUAUUAUUAGGUGCUGCUAUUAAUCAUAAAAGUCGAGAACAAUGGCCAAGUGGUAGUUGCUUCGAUGCUGAUUCAAGAACUUAUGGUUCGUUUGCAUUACUCGUCAAAAAAUCUGCAUUCGUACCUAUUCUCGAUUGGUUAAGAACAGGUGAAGAGGCUCCAUUUGAUACGGUCUACGGACAUCUAAGAAAACGAGGUAUUAAUGUUCGAGUUGCAUAUCCACCAUUCUUAGUAAUACCAGAUGUAUCUCAUCCAUCGCUUGUCAAUAAAUACUGA